AUGUUAUCUAUGCCUUCACCAGGUGUUUUAACACCAUUUCGAACAAAUCAAAAUGAUUAUGAUCAUAUUAGUAAUGAACCUGCUAGUGUAUAUGUUCUUAAUCCAGAUAGUUCAGAUAAACAAAAUAGUAUAACAUCUGAAGAAUUGUCUAAUGAAAAUGACGACCUAUUUGAAUCGUUGGAAGUUCAAGAACUAUUUAAAUCAUUGGAAGUUUGA